AUGUGUUUAUAUGAAUAAGAGAUAUCUAAAUUUUAAUAAUUUAACUUUGCAUUUUUAAUUCUUGAACUGAAUAGUUGUUUUAUGGGUGUUGGAUUUAAGGACAUUAUUUAAAAAAACAAUUAUACAGGUAUUGGAUAUGAAUCUGUGUAUAUUUUUGUGAAAUUAUAGAUCUUACUUAAUUCGACAUGAUGGUUAUAUUUUUUCUCAUCAUUAAUAACAUUUAAACAAUAAGUAAAUAUCAUUUUAUUUUACAUCUAACGAUAUUAUACUUGUUAAAGUCAACAUAACAGAAAAAUAUAUUAGAUGGACUAAAAAUAAUACUGUUUAAUCAAUUGUAUUAUUUAUUAAAUAAUUAGAUAAUGGAAAUAAAUACAGAGGAAGAAUUAUAUCCAUGUGUUAUAAUAAAUAAAUCAAAAGUUAAAAUAUUUGAUAUUAUUCAAUGA